GAAGAGAAUCACACAGAGACCUGAAAGUGAAGAGGAGCCAGAGAGCACAGCACCAGACGUCGUCUUCUUCCUCCAUUCGUUUCCGCAAUUACAAGAAAAAUCCAAAAAAACAGCAAUACCCAAUACGCACAGUUUCGGACACGGGAGAAAAUCCCAAGUCUCAAUCUUAAAACAUCCACCACUGUCCUUUCUACAUCAUUUCUUUUUUCUUCUAGUGUUUAUCCGCGUUGCUUCAUUAUUUUCUUUUGUUUUCUUUAAAGUCAAAUCCUGAGCUGUGGAAAUGGAGCAGAUCAUGAGUAUUCUAAAAUUCGAGGCUUGCGGCAUAGUGUAGAACAUCUACACCCUUUUGGGCUCUUCUUCUUCUUCUGUCGUCUCCAGCUUGGGGAUUGCUUAUUUCUUUUUUCGCUCUCGUCUGCUUUUGAAACUUCUUUUCUUUCUCCCGGAAAUGGGAUGCCGUAGAAUGAUCGCUGGGAACUUGGAUCCAGAGAGGAAGAGGAGUGGUGGUUUGAGGACGAAGCAGGCGGGAAGAGGAUCUUGCCGCGGUAGUUAGUUUAUCAAUUUCAUCUACUCAAAAGAACAGAAGGUACUUGGGUUUUAGUUCGUUUUGUUAAUUUUUAAAUUUCGGAAGGAGCUGAGCUACGAGCCAGGCUGUAUCCGGCGUUGAAGACAAGCGAUGGGGCUGCUGCUGAGAGAGGCUUUAAAGACGCUGUGUACGGCCGGGAAUAGGUGGUCCUACGCCGUGUUUUGGAAGAUCGGCUGCCAGAACACUAGUUUAUUAAUAUGGGAAGUUUACUACGAACCUAUGCUGAAUUCAGUUCCUCCCAGCAUUCCUGGAAUUGAGAGCACUGAGUUGUCUUCUAGAGAGUGGGAAGGAUGUAGAACUUCCGAAAUUCGCUGCUCUCAGCUUGAGAAUCAAGUAUCUGAUUCUGUCAAUUUGCUAAUUAACAAAAUGAUGAUAAAUACUCGCAUCAAUCAUGUAGGGGAAGGACUAGUUGGCAGAGCUGCAUUUACUGGAAACCAUCAAUGGAUUCUUUCAAAUAGUUAUAUCAGAGAUGCCCACCCACCUGAGGUUCUGAAUGAGGUGCAUCUCCAAUUUUCAGCUGGCAUGCAGACUGUUGCAGUUAUUCCUGUCCUCCCACAUGGUGUUGUUCAACUUGCUUCAUCCUUGACGAUUAUGGAGAACUUGGGAUUUGUGAAUGAUGUGAAGAGUCUAAUCCUGCAACUAGGAUGUGUCCCUGGAGCUCUUCUCUCUGAAAACUAUGGAGUGAAAGAGUCUCAGGACAAAAUCAGAGCACCUGUUUCUCUCGGAAUACCUGUCACCAUGGAUUCAUCUGGAAUUUACAAGGCAGUGAAUUCCACUCCUUUGAUGAUGGACAACUGCAAUCAACUUGUCAACUCAUUUCAGCCUUCCCCACAAGUUAGUCAAUUUUCUCUAGUUAGACAAGUUCGGGAUGAUCCACGAUUUAGUCCUUUAAGAUUCCAGGCCCCUAGCCUGGUCCAUACUUUGGCUAAACCUAAUAACUAUUGUAAUACAAAAAUGAUUCAAAUGAUGAAGUCAAAGCUUCCUUCCAGAGGUCUGCCAGAAACUAGCACUGUAGGAGCUGAAGUGAUCCCCUCGAAUCCUGAUGCAUGGCUGAACCAGCUGGGUCCAUCUAAUUCGAGGUGUGGAUUAAGUAGUCAACCUUUAAUUGGUCAAUCAGAUGGUGAGAGCAGCCUCAAAGUAAUUGAACAACAGAUCUUUUCAGAUGCUGGUUUCUGGGAACAUGGUUGUAACACUACAAAUCAAGAAAAUAUCUUGAUUACUUUUCAAACUAAAAGAAACGAGGGCCUAAUCAGUAAUUCUCAUAUAGGUUCAGUUUCUACCCUAUUGCUUGGAAGAAGCAAAUUGCACGAUGGAUCAAAUAGUGAAGUGGGAAAAAUUCAUCCACAGAUGCAGAAAGCAGAAGAUAUUAAUGUAGCGGGAAGUGCAAUUCAGAAUCUUGGUUCAUCUAAGCCAGGGGAGCUUCUGCUUUCCAAGUUGGCUGGAAAAUCAGUUGUCAAUCCGGGACUUUCUGGCCAAUUUGGUCAAGGGCAUGAUUCCACUGAUAAGAAGCAAAUUUGCGGUGAUUUGGCUCCAAAGAAAGAAAGGAUGGAUAAUGAUUUGUUCCAAGCUCUUAACAUUCAAUCGAUUAAUCACAAUGAGCAUCUACCUCUGAGGGAGCAUUUCCCUGGUUAUAUUCAUAAUUGCUUGAUGGGUGAAAAUGGAACCAUGAGUCCAAGAUUUAGAGAUGCAAAAUGGGGAGAUACCCGUACCCAAUCCUCAUCAGGAGAUGACUUGUUUGCUAUAUUGGGUGCAGAUUUUAAAAGUAAGCUACUUAAUGACAAUUGGAAUAGUUUGCUUGUUGAUGGUCAGGAAACAAGGACAGAAAAUCUGAGUCAGGAGAUUUCAACUCUUGUUAAUAUCCAGGGCGCAGAUACUGAUUUGUAUGCAGUUGAUGGAGGAAUAUCAAACAGUGGUAUGUUCUCAGGGUUAGGAAUGGAUCAUCUUUUAGAUGCCGUGGUCUCUGGGGCUCAGUCUGUGUCUGUUGCCAAGCAGAUUUCUGAUGAUACUGUCUCCUGCAGAACAGCAUUAACUAAAAUCAGUAGCUCAUCUAUUCCUAGUUGUUCUCUCUCCUGUGGUCAAGUUAAUGAGUCUGAUAAUUUGCAAGGGGAAUUAAUCAGCCUUCCUAAGUCCCUUGCAAAAGCAGGGAGACUAGGAUCUGGUUCUCUUGGGCCUCAGUUUACCAAGGAUGAUACUGGAACAUGUUCGCAAACAUCCAUCUAUGGUUCCCAAAUCAAUUCAUGGGUUGAACAAGGCCAUAAUGUGAAACGUGAGAGUAGUGUUUCAACUGCAUAUUCUAAAAGGAACGAUGAACCCACAAAGCCAAAUCGCAAACGACUUAAGCCUGGGGAGAAUCCUAGACCCAGACCUAAAGAUCGGCAGAUGAUCCAAGAUCGUGUGAAGGAGUUGCGAGAAAUUGUACCAAAUGGGGCAAAGUGUAGCAUAGAUGCACUUUUGGAACGUACCAUCAAACAUAUGCUUUUCUUGCAAAGUGUAACUAAGCAUGCGGACAAGCUAAAGCAAACAGGGGAAUCUAAGAUCAUCAACAAGGAAGGUGGAUUACUUCUAAAAGACAGCUUUGAGGGAGGGGCAACAUGGGCAUAUGAAGUUGGUUCUCAAUCUAUGCUCUGUCCUAUUAUAGUAGAGGAUUUGAACCCACCACGUCAGAUGCUUGUGGAGAUGCUUUGCGAAGAACGGGGUCUUUUUCUAGAAAUCGCUGACUUAAUUAGAGGACUGGGAUUGACCAUCUUGAAAGGGGUGCUAGAGGCGAGGAAUGAUAAGAUAUGGGCACGCUUUGCUGUAGAGGCAAACCGGGAUGUGACCAGGAUGGAAAUAUUCAUGUCGCUCGUGCAUCUUUUGGAGCAAACCAUGAAGGACAGUGCAUCACCAGGCAAUGCCUUGGAUGGCAACAAUAUAAUGGUCAAGCAGCACUCUUUUCCUCAAGCCACUUCGAUACCCGCAACUGGUAGGGCCAGUAGUUUACAAUGAACCCACUGCAGUGUAGUGUUUUCUCGAUUAGAUAUGUUAAGAGCAAGCAAACUUUGCUUUGCCAUGACUAACAUGAUUCAGGUCUACACUCUCAGGUGGUUCUAGCCCUGGUUAGUCUUUUUCUAUUCCACGAAUUUGAGUCUUGUGACUGACCUCACUUGUAGGUAGUUUAAAAGUGCCAUUUGACUUAGGAAAUGUGUUUUUUAGAGUUAGGGAUUGACACCCAAAGAUGAAAAGUGUUGGGGGAAAGAAUUGUAGUGAAUUUAAGUUGUCGAAUUGAUCCUAAUUUGGGUUUGUUUCCUAUGCUAACGUUGUCGUUGUAGUCUGGAUUAUGGAGAAAUUCUAUAAAGCAUGAGGAGUGUAGCAAAUAGUUUUAUAAUUGGUCUUUUUGCUUCAGAAAUGUAUAAAGGACUUGUGAUUGAAAUGAAGAAAUGAGGUGUCUUUUCUCUUUCUUUC